AUGCGCCGUGGACAGAGGAACCAACAUGCGACGUGUUGGCAGUCCUCCCUGCAGAAACACAUGCUUGGUAUCGCAACGAGUCUGCUGCAUCCUGGGGUGGCAACGCACUUUUCGAAGAUGGAAAGUACCACCUCUUUGUCGCGGAGAUGGUCAAUCAUUGUGGGUUGGAAAGCUGGGGGACGAAUAGUGCGAUCGUCAGGGCUGAGGCGGCAUCUCCAGCAGGGCCAUUCGUGCACCGUGAGGUUGUCCUCGCACCGGAGGCUCACAAUCCCACUGUGCGGCGGAUUCCCAGAGGCAAAGGAUUUGUUAUCUUCUUCACCGGUGCAGGUGGAUCCCAAAACAUACCCGCGUGCGGAAGUGCAAGUGGACCUGGCAUCGACAGGGCAUCAGCAAAAUUAG